GAGCCAGUCAACGCCUGGCAUGAUACUGUAGAUGCAGAAAUCCAUCACCGACAGCAAAACAUGGUCAUGACCUACAUGCUUCUUCGUAUCCAUGAUGCUCUAUCGGAUAUCUUCAUCCUUUGAUUUAUACCUUUUGAAAAUGUCCUCGAUCUCUGUACAUUCGUUCAUAUAAUUGUUUUGAUUUCUGUCAUCCUUCUACAUCGUCCCGGAUGCCAUUUUAUGGUUUCUGAUCCACCAUGGCCGAUCUGAGCCUUGAGGCGGGGAUCGAUUCCUUGUCGCUAGCUGAGAGGAAAGACCCCACCAAGCGAGAGCCAGAUGUAGCAACCGAAGAAUCUACUUUCGCUGCACUUGAAAAAGAGAGGAAUGGCGUAGAAGAAAAUACAUCGAUUAAGAGACUAUGGAAAUUUCUCACUUGGACCCCCGAACGGUGCAGAUGGAACCCCGAGAAGCCUCCAAAGUUCAACAUGGCAAUGAAUCUUUUGUUUGGAUUUGUAAGUUAUGUUUCCAACUUGUUUUAUAAGAGGCAGGGCAUUAUCAAGUAGAGUAAAUACACUCGCGUUGGACAAUAAGAUACUCAAGCGAGCACAUUCUCUCUUCUGCAGUUUACUACAAGCAGACUCUUCAUGUGAUACAGUCGCUUCGCUUCCUCAAAGUAGAAGCCAAAGUGUUGUCUCAUUUUCGCUUAAACUUAAUCUCUACCCUAUCAUUUGAUCGGAAGUGCGUUGUAUCUUGCAGGCUUCUGUCAAUCUUGACAUUUUAAUAGACACAUCUGAUCAAUUCCCACAGGCUUGUACAUUUACCGUCGCCAACCUAUACUACAACCACCCAAUCCUCAAUAUCCUGGCAGUAGAAUUCAACAUCUCAGAUGAAGCCGCAUCUCUAGUUCCAACCAUCAUGCAGGCAGGCUACGCAUGCGGACUCCUCUUCCUAUGUCCUCUGGGCGACAUAUUCCCUCGACGACCAUUCGUCCUACUUCUCGUAUUCUUCACAGCAACAAUAGUAAGUCCACUUUCCAGAAACCCAUCAACCGCCUAUACUCUCUCCCAAGUUCUAGUACAACUCAACAAGAGAAACAUCACUAACCCACAAACCCAACAGUGGCUAGGCCUCUGCCUCACAACCUCCUACCCCCUCUUCCUAACCCUCUCCUUCCUCACCGCACUCACAACCGUAACCCCCCAACUCAUGCUCCCCCUCGUCGGAGACCUAGCACCUCCCCACCGCCGCGCCUCCGCCCUCUCAAUAGUCGUCUCGGGUCUCCUCCUCGGGAUGCUAAUCGCACGUCUCCUCGCCGGAAUCCUCACACAAUACACCUCCUGGCGGUCCGUCUACUUCCUCGCACUCGCGCUCCAAUACCUAAUCCUCAUCCUGCUCUGGCUCUUCAUGCCCGACUACCCGUCCACCAACCCCGCAGGGCUCAACUACUUCAAGAUGCUCUGGAGCAUCGCGCGACUCUUGCUCGAAGAACCGGUGCUGGUGCAGGCUUGUCUGGUAGCCGUGUUGGUGUCGACGACGUUUACGAGUUUCUGGACGACGCUGACGUUUUUGUUGGCGGGGGAGCCGUAUGGGUUUGAGCCUGUGCGGAUUGGUCUUUUUGCGUUGAUUGGGAUUGGGAGUAUUAUGUUGGGGCCGUUUUAUUGUAUGUUUUAUCCCUUGUCCUGCCUACCAUCUAUCUCUAUAUAUGAAUCGAUGAUUCAAGUAUCAAGAACUCGUACUAAUAAAAAAAACAGCCCGCUGGAUAAUCGACAAACUUCCCCCCCUCCACUCCGUCCUCCUAGGAACCCUCUACAGUACCUCUCCC